AUGUUGGCUGCGGGACUGCAGCAGUUUUCUUGCGCCCCCGCCCAGGGAAGUGGGCGCUGUGUCAAGGAAGGUGCAGAUGUCCCGCCGCUGCUGCGGGGCCGAGUCCUGUUCCAGGAUUUUGGGGAGAUGCAGUUGCCGAGCUUCCCGCCCGCCGUCUUCCAGCUGCAGCAUCUGGAGGAGUUACACCUGGAGGGGAACCUGAUCGAGGAGAUCCCGCCGCAGAUCGGGCGCUUGCGGAGGCUGCGGGUCCUCUACCUGAACGGGAACAGGCUGCAGCAAGUGUGCGGGGAGCUGGGGGAGCUGCAGCGUCUGCAGAGCCUGGACUUGAGCGACAAUCCGCUCAACUGCAGCGCCCUCACCGAGACCCUGUGCCGCCUGCGGCAGCUGCGGCAACUCCGCCUGUACCACACCAACCUCAAGCAGCUCCCAGGCCAGCUCUGCAAGAAACUCCGCCACCUGCAGCUGCUGGGCUUGUCCGGGAAUAAGCUGGAGUCGCUGCCCUGGGAAAUCAGGAGCCUCAGCGAAUUGCAGCAACUUUACCUGCAAUGCAACAACUUGCAGGGUUUACCCGUCGGCUUCUGCCAGCUGCACAAUUUAGAGGUAUUGGAUCUCAGGGACAAUGAAAUGAUUUCCCUCCCAGACGAUAUCAACUGUUUGCAAAACCUGAAACACCUGUACCUCGCCGAUAACAACCUGGCAUUUAUUCCACAGACUCUGAGUAGCUGCAGCAGCCUGUGUGUGUUGGACAUCAGCAGAAACAGUCUGGACCCGCACCACCUCUGGCCACUCCCGGGUUCUCUGGCCGAACUUGACCUGUCCGGGAACUGUCUGCAAACAGUCCCGGCUGUCGUCUGCGAGCUCGGCGCCGCCUUACAGCUGCUCUACCUGAAAAACACGCACAUCAGAAGCCUGAGCUGCCGCUUUUCCCAGUUAACAGGACUUCGCCUUUUGGACCUCGGCCAAAAUGUUCUGCGGUACUUUCCGAAGCAAAUCUGCAGCCUGGGCCAUCUGGAAGUUCUGUCGUUGGAUGACAGCAAACUGAAAGAGGUCGCUCCAGGAAUAAAGAAUUUGAGCAAACUGAAGACCCUCGGUUUGACUGGGAACAGGUUCCGGGCUUUUCCCCAAGAGAUUUGUUUUGUGAAAUCCUUGGAAAAAUUAUACCUGGGACAAGAUCACGGGAUGAAGUUCAUCCACAUACCUGAGGAAAUUUCCCAACUUGUGAACCUGAGAGAAUUAUACCUCGAGAACAACGAGAUUGAGUUUUUGCCAUCAACAACUGGGUUGCUCCAGAACCUGGUUGUGCUUGACUGCCAUGAGAACCGUUUACUGGAAUUACCUCAAUCAAUUGUGGACAUCCCUGGCUUGAAGCAUCUUUUUGCAAGUUGUAAUCGGAUAAGACAUCUUCCAACAAACUUUGAUAAACUGAAGAAUCUGGAAAUCGUCUCCUUGGAGAGAAACCCACUGGAAAAACCUCUUGAUGAAAUUUGUCACAAGGGAGUGUCUGCUAUAUUCCAAUACUUUGAGAAACUGAAGACUCAGAACUUGAAGGCAACCAAGAUCCAAGCAUGGUGGCGUGGACAGAUGGUUCGAAAAGAACUAGGACCUUUCAAAAACCUGUUCCCAAAGAAAGACAAAAAAGGGAAGAAAGACAAAGGAAAGGAGGAAAAGGGAAAGCAGCAGCAGAAAGGAAAGAAAAAGUAAUAAAAGUAUUGACAUUGUCAAGCCAGAAGGCUAUUUGUGAAUGUGCAUAAAAGCUGGAGAGUCCGACAAUAUUUCCGGCUUCAGGAAACCACUAAUUAUUGACCAGAACAGCAAUGACAGAGUGAAGGGAAAAUGGAUUGGUUUCCGCAAGAGCCUGUCCAUGUCAUUGGAUAUCCACCUAGAGGCUGGGGGUGAGGUUGAGAGUUUACACACAACAUGAACCACAAUCUGAGCUACAAAUCUUCUUAAAAAUUGCAGAGACCUAGAGGCUGUCCUUAUCAGAAUUAUCUGAAUGUUUGAAUAUUGCACCUCACUUUCUAGAUAUCAGGGGUAAUAUAAACCAGGCAGGAGCAAGGCCCACCCCAUUUUCCAGCACUUGUUUAAAGGAACUGCUGGCUUGGUGUCAUCCCAUUUCGAGCUUUCACUGAAGACCAUUUUCAGCUUCUCUGAGAAGUUCAAAGGUUACUCUCCUAAAAUAUCCACCAUUGGAGAGUUGAAGGUCAAUAUUUUAAAAGUUAUGAUCAGAGAUAAACA